UUUCUGGUUGAGCAGCAGUACGGACAGGUCUGAAAAAAACCCAAAAAAAAAAAAACUAUAAUAUUUUUAUUUCCAUUUAAACUUUUGGCCCAAAUAAGUGUAAUCCAAAUUCAAGCAAAAUUCCCAAUAAACAUUAAAACAAAGUAAUUCAAUAAAGAUCAGUAGAACAUCAGAAGAGGAACAAACAGUACUACAUAUAUAGGACCUUAUAUAUAUAACAUAUAUAGUUGUUAGACCCAUCAUGAAUAGCUUAAGUGAACAGCACAAAGCCGAGUUACAAGAAAUUUAUGCAUUACUUAACAAGAAUAAUACCGGAAUUAUAACCAUCGACGAUCUGAAUGCCGUAAUGCAGCAGCUGGGACGGCGGGCGACUCCGGCGGAGCUCCAGGACAUGGUCAGGGCGGUGGAGACCGACAGUAACGGAGCCGUGGACUUUGAUCGAUUCUGCCGGAUGAUGGUCAGGGCGGAGCGAGAGGAGCAGCUGCGCGAAUCCUUCGAACGAUUCGAUCGAGACGGCGACGGUGUCCUAUCGUCCGAUGAACUCUACCAGGCACUGGAGGACAUUAUGGACGAAGAACCGGACCAGGCCACCGUACAACAGAUGAUGCAGGAGGCGGAUCCCGAUGGCACCGGUCACAUCUCCUACGCCAAUUUCAUUCAAAUGGCCCUCAAAUACCAGAAGAACUAAUGAGAGAACCCCCUCCUCCUCUUUUCAAUGUGGAGUCCCAUAAUAUAAUAUCCUCAUACGUUCCUCAUCCAUACUUUGGGGGCCAAAGCUAAGUCAUGGCGUACGGGAUGGCAUCAAGGAUUCACGGAUUAAUUGUCCUACCAAGAAUCCCCCAAUUUCACACUACCUACACAUCCAACUUAGUUCACAUAACACAUCUAUUUCCACACUCGGAUGCGCAGUUGGUGGAUGGGGAGAUCCACUCGUCAACAGAACCACUGACCAUAUAUUUUAAUACUAGUGGCACUCGCCUAAUAUACAUAUAUUUCAAAAAAGUCCAAAA